AUGAUCUUUUACUUUACCUUCUGGUAUAAACCCAGCGAGCGCGCGAUUCGCAUUGCCGUUUUCCUGUGUAGCGCUGCUCUCGCGAAUGCGUUUGGCGGUGCGAUUGCAUACGGUGUCGGGCAUCUGAAUGGCCGGCAGGGAUUGGAGGGCUGGCGAUGGCUCUUCAUCAUCGAGGGAGUGCCGACCGUUGCUGUUGGCCUCCUUGUCUUCUUCUUCCUUCCAAGCUACCCCGAGACGGCAUCUUGGCUCACAGUCGAAGAGAAAGAGCUACAAGCACGCAGGCUGGGAGCCUCGCGGUCGUCCGGACGAGACAAGCUCAACUGGAAAGACGCAAAGGCCACUUUGCGCUCGGUUCGCCUUCUCAUGCACUACUUGACCUACCUGACCGUCGCGACGGGCGUGGCCUCCCUGUCCUACUUCGCGCCAACCAUCAUCCAGGGACUCGGCCACAGUGACCUGCAAGCUCAACUCUUUACAGUCCCACCGUACGCAAUCGCAUACCCCAUUACGCUCCUCCUCGCCUGGCUCUCAGACCGUCUCCAGUCGCGCGGUAUCAUCGCAGCUGGAUCCUGCGCUAUGGCAUCCAUCGCGUUCAUCGUUCAGGCCUCUCUCCCCGCAGACGCAUUCACAGCCCGCUACGCCUUCCUCGUCAUCGCCACGAUCGGCGUCUACGGCGGCCUCCCCUCGUUCAAUGCGUGGAUUGGCGAUAACGUCCGCAAUACGACGGCAAGUUCAAUCAGCAUUGCUCUGAACAUUGCGUUCUCGGGACCUGGCCAGAUCAUCGGGGUGUGGAUAUAUAGGGCCCAGGAUGCACCGGCUUACCGGUUGGGGCAUGGGGUCAAUGCGGCUAUGAGUGCUGUCUCGGCGAUUCUGGCACUGGCUUUGACGGUGUAUUAUCGGAGGGCGAAUGCGAGGCGUAAGGGGGGUGGUGAGGUGUUGUGGGUUAGUUAG